AUGGCCGGCUUUAGCAGCAAGAGCUUGGUCCUGGUUUCCCUGUUGGGGCUCCUGGCGCUGCUCCUGUGCGGCAUCUCUGAAGCACAAAGCAACCAGGAUUGCUGCCUGUCUUACACCAAAGUGCGUCUGCCUCGGUGGGCCCUAAAGGGUUAUACUGAACAGCUCUCCAGUGAAGUCUGCGAUAUCCAUGCCAUCAUUUUCCACACCUACAGUGGGCUGAAUGCCUGUGUAAAUCCUAAGGAAGGCUGGGUGAAGAAGCACCUUCUUUUCCUGAGCCAUAAGCUCAAGAAGAUGUCAAUGUGA